UGAGUAGAGUUGGAGUUACCAUCUGAAGUCAAGAUAAAUAUCUAUUUGUUUGAGUUUAAAUAUGUGAAUGGAUAUUGGAAGUAUCUUGCUUACAAUUCAGCAAUUAGGCUGCACGGAGUUCUGUCGUUGAAAAUCAUCAAUUCAUCAAUCAAACACUUUUCUCUGCAAUCAUCAAAACGAUUCAAAAUGUCUACAAGGCGAUCGGCUCGUUUAAGUGCAGCUUCUAAUAUCACCGAGAAACUACAUGAAUCUGCGUCUGCUUCUCCCGUGGCGAAAACUACCAAGGCUAUCGUUGGAAAUGGCCCAGCAGGAUCUAAGGUGAAAGCCAGUAGGAAGAGAAAGGCUGUAUCUCCAGAGAUAUCAGAUUCUUCACUACCUCCCAUAAUAUUAAGCCCCUCGAAGAAGGAGGCUAUAUCUCCAGAAGGAUCCGAACUUUCUCUGCCUCCCAUAAAACCAAAACCCAAAAAGAGGAAAACUGCUUCGAAUGAAUCAUCCGACUCCCUAUCCACCAAAAAUGCGCUUCUAUCAACCCCAAAGAAAAAGAAGACCUCUCCAAUUCUUCCGCCUCCAGUGACUCCAACUCCGGCGGCUAUCGGAUCAAUGUCUAGUCCUUAUAAAGACGUUGAUGACAAUAUGCCUCCACCUCCUGUUCCCGUUGAUCGUCUUGCGGUCCUUAAUGGAACAAAUGCACCCUUGGUAACACCUGAAACCCAUCGACUCCUUGCCAAUAAAUCUAUGGACGAAGUAUCUCCAUCGAAACCACCUGCAGUAAAAGUAUCAACUUCCGAUGUUUUGAACAAAGCUAUAGAGCACUUGAUCAAAGUUGAACCCAAGUUAAAACCAAUUAUUGAGAAACAUCCAUGUAAGAUGUUUUCCGCUGAGGGGUUAACUGAAGAGAUUGAACCAUUCAGGGCGUUAGUCAGUGGAAUUAUAUCUCAACAGGUCUCCGGUGCAGCAGCCAAAUCUAUCAAGGCUAAAUUUGUAGCUCUUUUUAACCCACCUGAUUCAGAUCCAUCUACUCAUACAUUUCCUACCCCUACCGCUAUUGUAGCUACUGACAUAGCUAAUCUCCGCACUGCCGGUCUCUCUCAACGAAAAGCCGAAUAUAUCUCCGGCCUCGCCCUCAAAUUCACAAAUGGUGGCCUAACCACCCCCUUCCUCCUCACCGCCUCCUACGAAGAAGUUUUCGAUUCCCUAAUCCAAGUACGCGGUCUCGGGAAAUGGAGCGUCGAGAUGUUUGCCUGUUUUGCUCUCAAGCGCAUUGAUGUUUUUAGUACCGGAGAUUUAGGGGUUCAAAGAGGAAUGGCUGCGCUCGUUGGAAGGGAUGUUGAAAAAUUGAAAAAAGCAGGAAAGGGAGCAAAAGGGGGUGGAAAAUGGAAGUAUAUGUCCGAGAAGGAAAUGGAAGAGAUGGCUGAGAAGUUUAGUCCUUAUAGAACUAUCUUCAUGUGGUACAUGUGGCGAGUAGAAGAUACCGAUAUCACUACCCUUGAAGAGUAUUCUUGAUCCUGGAAGAUUGUGCAUGUAUACGACUGGACAUGGCAGCAUACACUUCUAUUCGGAGAGAAAGGAAUAGAUACAAAGGAACCCGGUGAUCUAAAACAUGAGGAUAAAUGAACGGAGAUUUUCGAGAAAAGUUAGCUCACGAUUCAUGGAAAUGGGACAACAAGACUCAGGACGCAAAGUCAGGACAAAUUGCAAAACACAGUACACAGAAAGGGAAUAAUGAAAUUUUGCAACUCAUAAUUCAUGAUCUUUUCGUACACGUACACAAAUUGAGGUAUACUUUAUCAUAAACAGCGGUAGAUGCUUUCUCACUAUUGUAAUGUACAAUUCCCGCUUCUUAAUCUUUUGAUCUAGUGUUCAAUCAAUUAUUUUU